AAAUUCGCAUGCACAAAUCGAAAGUUCUAAAACAAAAGAUAGAAGAAGCAGUCACAUCUCGACCUGCCUCGUGUUGCGUUGAUCUCGGCGUGUAUUAUGUUUUAAUUAUAUUUGAUUUAAUUGCGUCUAACAAAAUACCGCAUUUUGUCUUUGUCUUUUAUCUCACAAUUUUCGCCAUAAAAUGUGAUAAAAGUUCCUAUUUAAGUACUCAUCUCAGGCCAACAUGUCGCCACCUAAUGCUGAAAAGUUCGCAGUGAUUGAAUUCCAUGAAGGAAUGGAAAUCAUUUGCACCAAAUGGGCCACAUUUCAACAAUAAUAUUUGAUAGUAGCAAGUUAUUUCCCUCCAUAUGAAACUGAGAAAGAAAUCGAUCAAAUCCUGUAAGAUGAUACAGAGAUAGGUGAGGAUUGGACUGAUGAAGAUGGAAACCCAUAUCUAGUUGAAAAGAUAUCAUGAGCAGUUCGAGGUCUGAGGGAUAUAAAAGAUAUUUAGAGCCGGGAUCAGAAGAACCAAUUCCACCAUCCUCUUGGUUCCGAUAUAAAAAAUUAUGUACACAGCAGAGUGCAGCAUUAAAGCAAUUAGGGCAAUAUUACACACUCAGCAUAACCAUAAAGAAGUUUAUGGAUCCUCUUCUCACUUAUGAAGCUGGAAUGAAAUACACAUUUCAAGGAAGAGGUCAGAAAAAGCUUGCCUUCAAAAAUCUACUCACGUUCAGAGUACUAUUUAAUGCUGUAACAUCUCACUACCCAUCAGAAACUGCUGCAAAUGUAGAAAAGUGGAUUAAAGAUUGGCUAACACAAUGUAAAUCGCAACAAGAGCGAGCCCUAAAUAAGGCAUAAGCUGCAGAGGAAAAAGAACAAAGGAUGCAGCUAGAAAUGGAGGAGUCUCCUGAUGAGGAAUUGGAUAGGAGAUCGGAGAGGGUUUUUAUUCUUAAUUUUAAUUAAAGUUAGUUUCCAUGAAAACGCGAGUAAGAGAACUUAUUAUUAAAUGAGUAAGUGAGUCAUGUAAAUA